CACCACCACCAUGUCGAGCAAAAAGGCAAAGACCAAGACCACCAAGAAGCACCCUCAGGGUGCAACAUCAAAUGUGUCUGCCAUGUUUGACCAGUCACAGAUUCAGGAGUUCAAAGAGGCCUUCAACAUGAUUGAUCAGAAUAGAGAUGGCUUCAUUGACAAGAAAGAUCUUCAUGAUAUGCUUGCUUCUCUUGGGAAGAAUCCAACUGAUUCAUACCUGGAUGACAUGAUGAAUGAGGCUCCAGGUCCCAUCAAUUUCAUCAUGUUCCUUACGAUGUUUGGGGAGAAGCUGAAUGGGACAGAUCUGGAAGAUGUCGUCAGAAGUGCUUAA